AUGUCAGAUUCCAAAACAUCGAGUCAAAGGGAGUGGGAUCAACUUGAAGAUAAUAGAGAUUCUUCAUCAGAAAACCACUCCAUUAAUGAGUAUCAUGGUUUUGAUGCUCAUGCAACUGAAGAUAUCCAGAAUUUAGCAAGAACUUUGUCUCAUAAUUCAUUCAAAGAUGAUUCUUCUGCUGGGUUAAUGAAGUAUUUAAGUCACAUGUCUGAAGUCCCAGGGGUAUCGCCGUUUGCUGAAGAAGAAAUAAAUGAACAAUUAAAUCCUGAUUCAGACAAGUUUAACGCAAAAUUUUGGGUUAAGAACAUGAGAAAAUUGGUUGAUUCCGAUCCAGAUUAUUAUAAACCAUCGAAAUUGGGGAUUGCUUAUAGAGAUCUCAGAGCAUAUGGUGUGGCUAAUGAUUCCGAUUAUCAACCAACUGUCACAAACGGUCUUUGGAAAGCCAUUGUUGAAGGUAUCAGAUUUUUCCAAAAAGAAGACGAGUCAAGAUGUUUUAAUAUUUUAAAACCUAUGGAUGCUAUUAUGAAGCCAGGUGAACUUACGGUUGUCUUGGGUAGACCAGGGGCCGGUUGUUCUACAUUAUUGAAAACCAUUGCUGCACAAACUUAUGGGUUCCACAUUGGUAAAGAAUCCAAAAUUACAUACGAUGGGUUAACCCAAGAUGAUAUCAAAAAACAUUACCACGGUGAUGUCAUCUAUUCUGCCGAAACCGAUAUCCAUUUCCCACAUUUAACUGUUGGUGAUACUUUAGAGUUUGCAGCUAGAUUAAGAACUCCUCAAAAUAGAGGUGAAGGAAUUGACAGAGAAACAUACGCUAAACACAUGGCUAGUGUUUAUAUGGCCACUUAUGGUUUAUCACACACAAGAAAUACCAGCGUUGGUAAUGAUUUUGUCAGAGGUGUUUCUGGUGGUGAAAGAAAGAGAGUAUCCAUUGCUGAAGCAUCCUUAAGUGGUGCUAAUAUCCAAUGUUGGGAUAAUGCUACUAGAGGUUUGGAUGCUGCCACCGCCUUGGAAUUCAUCAGAGCAUUGAAAACUUCUGCUGCUAUUUUGGAAAGUACCCCAUUGAUUGCUAUUUACCAAUGUUCCCAAGAUGCUUAUGACUUGUUUGACAAUGUUGUCGUUUUGUAUGAAGGUUACCAAAUUUUCUUUGGUAAAGCAAGCAAAGCUAAAGAAUUCUUCCUCAAAAUGGGUUACAAAUGUCCACAAAGACAAACCACCGCUGAUUAUUUGACUUCUUUAACUAAUCCAGCUGAAAGAGAACCAUUGCCAGGGUAUGAAGAUAAAGUUCCAAGAACUCCUCAAGAAUUUGAAGCAUAUUGGAAAAACUCUCCAGAAUAUGCAGAAUUGAUCAAAGACAUUGACAACUAUUUUGUAGAAUGUGAAAAAUUAAAUACCAAAGAAAUCUACCAUGAUUCUCACGUUGCAAGACAAUCCAAUCACAUUCGUCCUGGUUCUCCAUACACUGUUUCAUUUUAUAUGCAAGUUAGAUAUGGUGUUGCGAGAAAUUUCCUUCGUAUGAAGGGAGAUCCAUCUAUUCCCAUAUUUUCUGUUUUUGGUCAAUGUGUUAUGGGUUUAAUUUUAUCAUCUGUGUUUUACAAUCUUCCACAAACAACCGGUUCGUUUUAUUAUAGAGGGGCAUCUAUGUUCUUUGCUGUUUUGUUCAAUGCUUUUGCUUCGCUUUUGGAAAUUAUGUCACUUUUCGAAGCCAGACCAAUUGUUGAAAAGCAUAAAAAAUAUGCUCUUUAUCGACCAUCUGCUGAUGCUUUGGCAAGUAUCAUUAGUGAGUUGCCAGUUAAAUUAGUGAUGUCCUUGGCUUUCAAUCUUAUUUUUUACUUUAUGGUUAACUUUAGAAGAAAUGCAGGUAGAUUCUUCUUCUACUGGUUAAUGUGUGGUUGGUGUACUUUAGUCAUGUCUCAUUUGUUCAGAUCAAUUGGUGCUGUUUCCACCUCACUUGCAGGUGCCAUGACUCCAGCCACUGUUUUGUUGUUAGCUAUGAUUAUUUACACCGGUUUUGUUAUUCCAACUCCAAAUAUGUUGGGCUGGUCUAGAUGGAUCAAUUACAUCAAUCCAGUUGGUUAUGUGUUUGAAUCACUUAUGGUUAAUGAAUUCCACGAUCGUGAGUUUGAGUGUUCAACUUAUAUUCCAUCCGGUGGUGCCUACGAGUCUAUUCCACGUGAAAACAGAGCUUGUUCUGCAGUUGGUUCUACUCCAGGAAGCAGCAUUGUUAAUGGUACUGAUUAUUUGGCUCAGGCUUAUAGAUAUUACAACUCCCAUAAAUGGAGAAACUUGGGUAUCACCAUUGCUUUUGCUGUUUUCUUUUUGGGUAUUUAUAUCUUUUUGACUGAAUUUAACAAAGGUGCCAUGCAAAAGGGUGAAAUUGUUUUGUUCCUUAGAGGUUCAUUGAAGAAGAGAAGAAAGGCAGCCGCUGACAAAAGCAAAGAUAUUGAAACCGGUAAUGUUGUUGAAAAAGUCAAUUUCCAAGAUGUGGCAGAAGCUUCUAAUAGUGAACGUAUGAGUGAAAAGGGUUCCAUGGGCAGUGAUGAAAUACCAAGCAAUAGGGAAAUUUUCUUUUGGAAGAAUUUGACAUAUCAAGUCAAGAUUAAGAAAGAAGAUAGAGUCAUUUUAGACCAUGUUGAUGGUUGGGUUAAACCUGGACAAAUUACUGCAUUGAUGGGUGCAUCUGGUGCUGGUAAAACCACUUUGUUGAAUUGUUUGUCUGAGAGAGUCACUACUGGUGUUAUUACUGAUGGUGAAAGAAUGGUUAAUGGACAUGCUUUGGAUUCUUCAUUCCAAAGAUCUAUCGGUUAUGUGCAACAACAAGAUAUUCAUUUGGAAACAUCCACUGUUAGAGAAGCUUUGAGAUUUUCUGCUUACUUGAGACAAUCAAGUAAAAUAUCCAAGAAAGAAAAAGAUGAAUAUGUUGAUUAUGUGAUUGAUUUGUUAGAAAUGACUGACUAUGCUGAUGCAUUGGUUGGUGUUGCCGGUGAAGGUUUGAAUGUUGAACAAAGAAAGAGAUUAACCAUUGGUGUUGAAUUAGUUGCCAAGCCUAAAUUGUUGUUGUUUUUGGAUGAACCAACUUCUGGUUUAGAUUCCCAAACUGCCUGGUCUAUUUGUAAAUUGAUGAGAAAAUUAGCUGAUCAUGGACAAGCUAUCUUGUGUACCAUCCAUCAACCUUCCGCACUUAUUAUGGCUGAAUUCGAUAGAUUGUUGUUUUUGCAAAAGGGUGGUAGAACCGCUUACUUUGGUGACUUGGGUAGAAACUGUCAAACUAUGAUUGAUUAUUUUGAAAAAUACGGAGCUGAUCCAUGUCCAAAAGAAGCUAAUCCAGCAGAAUGGAUGUUGGAAGUUGUUGGUGCUGCCCCAGGUUCUCAUGCUAAGCAAGACUAUUUUGAAGUUUGGAGAAAUUCUGACGAAUAUAGAGCAGUUCACGAUGAAAUCACCCGUAUGGAAACUGAAUUGGUUAAAUUACCAAGAGAUGAAGAUCCAGAAGCUAAAUUUAAGUAUGCUGCUCCAAUUUGGAAACAAUAUUUAUUGGUUACUUGGAGAACAAUUGUUCAAGAUUGGAGAUCUCCAGGCUAUAUCUAUUCCAAAUUGUUCUUGGCUAUUUCAUCUGCUUUAUUCAAUGGGUUCUCGUUCUUCAAAGCCACAAACUCGUUACAAGGUCUUCAAAAUCAAAUGUUUGCUAUUUUCAUGUAUUUCAUUCCAUUCAAUACUUUGGUGCAACAAAUGUUACCAGUUUUUGUCAAACAAAGAGAUAUUUAUGAAGUUAGAGAAGCACCAUCCCGUACAUUUAGUUGGUUUGCAUUUAUCACUGCCCAAAUUAGUUCUGAAAUUCCAUAUAUGACAGUUGUUGGUACUAUUUCAUUCUUCUGUUGGUAUUAUCCUGUUGGUUUAUACCGUAAUGCAGAACCUACUGAUGCAGUUGAUCAACGUGGUGUUCUUAUGUGGAUGUUCCUUACUGGUUUCUUUGUUUACACAUCAACCAUGGGUCAAUUAUGUAUGUCAUUCAAUGAACUUGCUGAUAAUGCUGCUAAUUUGGCCACUUUGUUAUUUACUAUGUGUUUGAAUUUCUGUGGUAUUUUGGCAACCAAGGAUGCAUUACCAGGAUUCUGGAUUUUCAUGUACAGAUGUAAUCCAUUCACUUAUUUGGUUCAAGGUCUUCUUUCUACUGGUUUAGCUAAUACUGAAGUGACUUGUUCAUCUUAUGAAUAUGUUACAGUUCAACCACCUCUGGGUCAAACUUGUGAUAAUUUCUUGGGUCCAUAUGCUCAAGCAGCAGGUGGUUACUUUUUGGAUAACAGUGAUGGAUCUUGUUCAUUCUGUCAAAUGCGUAGUACUAAUUCUUUCUUGACUUCAGUUAAUGCUAUUUAUAGUGAAAGAUGGAGAAAUUUUGGUAUUUUUGUUGCUUUCAUUGCUAUUAAUAUUUGUCUUACAGUGUUCUUCUACUGGUGGGCUAGAGUUCCAAAAGGUACCCGUGAAAAGAAACAUAAAAAAUAG